UUUUUUUUUUUUUGCAAUUGGAUGGAAAAAACCGUACUCUGAGUCUGCGAAUUCAACCAUAAUUAUCAAUUAUGCACAGCUGGACUAGAAAAUACGGUGAAUGUAUAAGCCUCCAACGUUGUAUAGAAUCUUUACUAAUGUGAAAGUAAAGUGUGGAAAAAAAAGCCCCGAUUACUUUUAUUUGUCUCUAUGUCUUUUUAACCACUUGUAAAGUCAAAAUCGUAGUUUUGAAUGUUUUUCUUUGCUGCAUGGAAAUGGAAGACGAGGACAUUUUCCUAUUGACAUUUCAAAGAUGGAAGAUAAUAUUUGUCAUGUGCAUUUAAGAUUAGUAAUAUGACUUCGAUUUCUUGCUGCAUGGCUAUGGUUUAAUGCAUAGGCAUCCAUAUUAACUGUUGGAUCGAUUUCUCUUCAGUACAACUUGAAUCUAAUGCACAGUAAAAAAAAUUGGAUCAAAUUGCACAUAUAACAACUCAACCACACUUAUAAUCUCGUUGUGUUAUAUAUCUUCCGAAUUGGUUUGCGAUUAUCUGGCGGUACAUUAAAGUAUUGCUAUGUUCUCGAGGGAGUAUUUGGUCAAACUCUAUACUUUAUAAGUUUCCUUUACUGAAGUGCACGACUAUCAAAGCCAUAGCACAAAGUUUUGGUUUUCCGUUGAUUGUUUUUGGUGUAUAGAACAAUUAACUAAGGGAAGAAAUCACAAGUAGGAGCUUUUAAAAAGGUAAUCUUGUUCUGGUCUAUGUUUUGUAAAUUACGCGGAUGCCAUAAUCCAACAACUACGAAUGGAGAAAAGAGACCAUGGAAUAUCAUCUAUGUUUCUGAACCACUAGAUUUUUUUCGCACGUGUGAACACGUAAAGUUUAAAGGACCAAAAAUUACAGGACUUAUUCAAGGCAUUCCUACUUUGACAUCAGACGAGGAUGCAACCUGAGAGCGACACAACCUUUUCUUUUGCUAUUAGCACGAGUAUAAAACUCGGUCGCCCCUCCAUUCGUAAAAUCUUCACAUCACAAGACAAUGGAAACGUUACAAGUUAUCGUACAAAAGUUGCUCGUAAUCCAACAUUGGAGAGGCUGCAAUAUAACUAUUUGUUCCCUGAGAUUUCUGCACGUGAACUCGAGCACAUUAAGAAAUAUCCUAAUGCAAAAGUGAUCAGCCUUGGGAUUGGUGAUACUACGGAGCCAUUACCAGAUGUUGUGGCUUCGAGCAUGGCUAACUAUGCACACAGCCUCUCAACACGUACGGGUUACAGGGGGUAUGGAGCUGAACAAGGUAGCAAGGAACUAAGGAAAGCAAUAGCAGAGACAUUCUACAAAGAUAUGGGCAUAAAAGACACGGAAGUAUUUGUAUCAGACGGUGCACAGUGCGAUAUAUCUCGUUUGCAGCUUCUCUUUGGAUCUAAAAUGUCCAUUGCGGUUCAAGAUCCAAUUUUUCCGGCCUAUAUAGAUUCAAGCGUGAUAAUCGGACAGGCUGGCGAUGUCGAGAAAGAAUCGGGGUCGUAUAAAAAUAUCCAGUACAUGAAAUGUGAACCCGAGAAUAGUUUCUUCCCCGAUCUCUCGAAAACCGGUAGAACAGAUGUUAUCUUCUUCUGCUCUCCAAACAACCCCACUGGCCAUGCAGCAUCUCGUCAGCAAUUAGAACAAGUCGUUCGAUUCGCACAAGAGAAUGGAUCCAUCAUCGUAUACGACUCGGCAUAUGCUGUUUAUAUUUCCGAUGAAAGUCCUCGUUCGAUAUACGAAAUUCCCGGGGCUGAAAAGGUUGCUAUAGAAGUCUCAUCCUUCUCCAAGAUUGCUGGAUUCACCGGGGUCCGCUUAGGCUGGACCGUAGUGCCAAAAGAACUCUUGUACUCGAAUGGAUUUCCUGUAAUAAACGACUUCAAUCGAAUUGUAUGUACAUGCUUUAAUGGAGCUUCGAGAAUAGCUCAAGCAGGUGGGCUAGCUAGCUUAUCCAAAGAGGGUUUUAAGGCUGUAAUCUCACUUAUCGACUACUACAAGGAGAAUGCCGAGAUUCUGUUGGAGACUUUUAAGUCGAUGGGGUUGAGAGUUUACGGAGGCGUAAACGCGCCGUAUCUUUGGGUGCAUUUUCCCGGUUCGAAUUCUUGGGACGUGUUUGGUGAAAUUCUCGAGAAAACGCACAUAAUUACAGUUCCGGGGAGUGGAUUUGGUCCAGCUGGGAAAGAGUUUAUAAGGGUUACUGCAUUCGGUCAAAGAGAAAACAUACUUGAAGCUUCGAGGAGGCUAAGGAGCUUUCUCUAACGCAUACGUAAAAUGCUCUAUAUAUUCAAGAAAAAAUCGGAAUAUUGCUAUUUUCGUCGUGGAACUUCGUAGUUAAUUUAGCAUAUUUCGGUUUUUAUACUAGCAAAAAUCGAGCAUUUUUUUAUUAUUAUUGUUUUCUUUUAAUAAUAAAAGACUGAAAAGAGCAAAGUUUCAGCAUUGUAUCCUGUAACUAGUUUGAAAUUUCUUUAAUAAAAUUGCAUUAAUAUAUAUAAUCAUAGAUGCUAUAGCCUCA